UUUUUGGACGACAAGUGAAGUUGAGAUGAAUCUUUCGUUGAAAUCUAUUAGUUCAGAAGGAGUGCAAUAUUUAAGUGAAGCAUUGAAAGUCAACAAUACAUUGACUGAAUUGGAUAUUCGUAGUAAUAAGAUUGCGUUAGAAGGAGUGCAAUAUUUAAGUGAAGCAUUGAAAGUCAACAAUACAUUGACUGAAUUGGAUAUCAAUAAUAAUAACAUUGCUUCAGAAGGAGUGCAAUAUUUAAGUGAAGCAUUGAAAGUCAACAAUACAUUGACUAAAUUGGAUAUUGGUUAUAAUAACGUUGCUUCAGAAGGAGUGCAAUAUUUAAGUGAAGCAUUGAAAGUCAACAAUACAUUGACUGAAUUGGAUAUUCGUAGUAAUAAGAUUGCGUUAGAAGGAGUGCAAUAUUUAAGUGAAGCAUUGAAAGUCAACAAUACAUUGACUGAAUUGGAUAUCAAUAAUAAUAACAUUGCUUCAGAAGGAGUGCAAUAUUUAAGUGAAGCAUUGAAAGUCAACAAUACAUUGACUAAAUUGGAUAUUGGUUAUAAUAACGUUGCUUCAGAAGGAGUGCAAUAUUUAAGUGAAGCAUUGAAAGUCAACAAUACAUUGACUGAAUUGGAUAUUCGUAGUAAUAAGAUUGCGUUAGAAGGAGUGCAAUAUUUAAGUGAAGCAUUGAAAGUCAACAAUACAUUGACUAAAUUGGAUAUUGGUUAUAAUAACGUUGAUUCAGAAGGAGUGCAAUAUUUAAGUGAAGCAUUGAAAGUCAACAAUACAUUGACUAAAUUGGAUAUUGGUUAUAAUAACAUUGCUUCAGAAGGAGUGCAAUAUUUAAGUGAAGCAUUGAAAGUCAACAAUACAUUGACUAAAUUGAAUAUUGUUUGUAAUAACGUUGCUUCAGAAGGAGCGCAAUAUUUAAGUGAAGCAUUGAAAGUCAACAAUACAUUGACUGAAUUGGAUAUUAGUGGCAAUGCAAUUCCGUCAGAAGAUAUACGAGCAAAAAUUCACCCAUAUUUAAAGCGUAAUCAAGAGCGAUUGGCAAAGAACAAAACUUCUUUUCAUGCUUGUAAUAUCGAUGUAUCUUCUACUCAACUAGCUUUGAAAAACCAAGUGUCAACGCAACAACAAACCAACUCGAUGGAAUUUUUUAUUAGCUUAGACCAAACUUAUUUACGAUACAAGAAUACGGUUUGGAAUGAAAGUACAUUGUUGUUUAUCAUAUAUAUGCAACAUCGAAGACUUGAAUUAUUUGACUCAGGUUUUCAGGCAAUGAUUUAUCCACCAUAUGAAAUGAUGACUUAUUUCGUAAUGGAUGCUUCAAACCAAAUGGAUAUUCGAAAGCUGCCCGAGUACUUUGAAACGGAUGAUUUUAUUUGUUCUAUUUGUUGCUUUAUCUGCAAUCAUCCUUUUUGUUCGGAGAACUGUAGCCAUGUCUUUUGCCAAGGUUGCAUUGAAAGUUGGAACAAAACAACUUGUCCAACAUGUCGAACAGUUUGUACGAAUUGGAAAUAUUCACCCCUUGCAGAGAAUUUUAUUUUAAAAUUACGUUUGCGUUGUCCUCUUGAAUGUGGUUGGCAUGGAACCUUAAUGGAUUAUGAAAAGAAUCACAAAACAAUUUGUCCAAAUGAGAUGGGUAAAUGCAGCUCAUGUGACUUGACAAUGAAGCGAUCUCAAUUUGUCGAUUCUCAUAAUAGAAAGUGUGCUUAUCAACUUGUUUCAUGUGAUUAUUGUUAUUGUGACAUUCCAUCGUCGUUGCUUGCUGCUCAUAUUGCUCAUGAAUGUGCAUCAGCUCCCAUUGUUUGUAGUGCUUGUAAAGGUUUCUUUCUGACAUGGCAUUCUUGGAAGCUUCAUAUUGAGAAAGAAUGCGAGAGAGUAUUGGAACGAUGUGACUAUUAUGAUUAUGGUUGUACAGAAUACUUGGAGCGAGGUCAUUUGAAGAAACAUGAAACUGAAGCAAUAGCUUAUCAUCUUUGUUUGUUAAAAGAUGCUCUUCAAAAGACUCGACAAGAAGUCCGUUGCCAAAGUCUAUUUUAAACUUUUUGGAAUUGUGAGUUUUUAUAAAAACUGGGUGUUUUUU